UUUUUGUCAAGCAAUUGUAGAAAAAUGCCAGCAAUAAGAAAAAGUAAGAAAUUAAAGACAACUAGCAAGCAAUAUGAAACUCGAUCGGCUAGCAAAAAACGUUCAAAAACAAUUGAAAUAAUUGAGGAUGAUGUUGAUACAAAAAAGAUUGAGGAUCUAAAACUUGUUGCCAGCUUCAUCAAUUGGUCGAAUUAUGAAAAAAUGUUGGGAAGAAUUUUUUAUGACAAAGUUGGAAAGAUUCUGGAGCAAAAAGUGGAUGAAUUUCAAAAGAUUAAGACUGAGUUGAAGACUUUUAUUCGGGAAAAUCAUGCUAAUCAAAAGGCUUUGCAAACACCUAAAAGGGCCAAGCCAGCCACUGCUUUACUUGAACAAAUUAGCAAAUUCAGACAAUUGAAUUUUGAUUCGGAUGAUGAAUAUUUGGAGGAUACAACUCUUUUAGAUCAGCCUGAGCAGUUAAAAGAAAAUGAAGAAGAACAGAAGGAGAAAGAGCCUCCAACUGAUCCGACUGUCGAAGGACAUAUUUUUGAGGAUGAACAUUCUUUUGAAGAAGAGAUGGAAGAGGAGCCUCCACAGGAACAGAUUGAGGAAGAGCCUCUUAAUGAGCCGGAGCCCUCUGUUGAGCAAGAAAAAGAAGUUUUAGAAGAAGAAAAGAUGGAAGAGCCACAGGCACAAAUCGAAGAAGAGCCUCCAAACGAGCCGGAACCUUUUGUUGAGCAAGAAGAUAGAAGCAUCUUAUUUGUGCCAGAGACUCCUUUUGCGUCUCGCGCACCUAUCAAUGCUCAAUCAGGCGGUGUUUCGUCAACUCCAGCUACUCCAUGCAGUCCAAAAUUGAAGAUGUUGGGAACUCCAAAAGAAAUUGUUGGCUCAAUGAGGAAGUUGGCAAUUACAAAUGAACUCGUGAAAAGUGCCCAACAAGCAAUUCAAAUGCCUCCAAUUCUUCGUCUUACUCCAAAUGCUGUUGCUACACCAAAAAAGAUCCAAUCCAAGUUUCCAACAAAGAUUCCAGUUAAAACGCCUGUAGCUCUCAAUAAGACGUUGCAGAAAGUACACAAAUUGAAACAAAUGGACGAAAAAGCUGAUCAGGCGAAGAGAGCUCGUGAAGAUUUGUUAAGAGAGAAGGCGGAUCGGGCAAAGAGAGAACGAGAAGAGCGUGCUAAACGGGUUGAACAAAAUAACAAAAAGAAGGAAGAGGCCAGACUUGAACGUGAAAACAAUGUACGGAAACAUUUGGAGGCUGUCAAAGAAUUUCAAAAUAGAGAAUUACAAAACAAUUUUGCCAGUCCGAAUAUGCCAGUUCGAGUCCUUCAACCUUUGAGUGUUCAGAUUAAAUCAACAACUAAAACACCAAUUAUGAAGAAUAUUCCUGCAAGUAAGGUUAAAUCGAAAGAAGCUCAUCAAGAACAAAAUUGUGUGGAUAACAAAUCCACUCAAACAUCAAUUCCUCAUUUAAUAUCGGAAGAAGAAUGCCCAUUACAAAUUAAAACUACCACGACAUCUGUUCUUAUUGUUCAGGAAUCUUAUUUAGAAGAGAAAGAAAAUGCUAAAAUUGUUGAGGAUGAAAAUUUGGGUUCUAAUUUCCAGGAGGAAUGUGUUAAUGAGGAUAGUAUGAAUGAAUUGGAGCAAAUUAGUGUUUAUGAUAUGACAAAAGAAAAAAUAUUUUUGCCAAGUACUGAAACUAAUUAUAUUGUGGAUGAUUUGUCGUCUGGCGAUGAAACUGAUAAUGAUGAACAACCAAGAAAAAUUGUUCCAAAAUGGGCAUUAAAAGAAAAUAUUUUGGAACGAACUCAAAAAAUCCAUCAUUUAAUAACUAAAGAUCAAAUUGAACAUCAUUUUGGGAAAAUUCGUCAGCCUACAACACAAGAUUUGUUUGGGGGAUAUUGUAAAGAUUAUCCUCCACGGCGUGCUUCGUCUGCACUUUGGAAUUCGCCAAUGUCUGAUCCAACUCCUGGUGUUGGUCUCUAUCAAUCUAAGUUUGCUACAGCAACAAAUGUUAAGGUCCAUCCCAAAAAGCGUUGA